AUGGGCAACUUCAGGAUCAAUGCUUCGGGUGCUCCCAGCUUCAUCCUGACAGGCUUUCCAGGGAUGGAGGCUAUGGAGCCCUGGUUAUACCUCCCUUUCCUUCUGCUCUAUGCCAUCUCCAUUGUGGGAAACACUCUGAUACUCCUCAUUGUCAAGGAGGAGCAGAGCUUGCACCAACCCAUGUAUUACUUCUUGUCAUUACUAUCAGUCAAUGACUUGGGUGUAUCCUUCUCGACAUUGCCCACUGUGCUGGCUGUCCUCUGCUUCCGUGCCCGGGUGAUCAACUUUAAUGCCUGCCUGGCCCAAAUGUUUUUCAUUCACCUCUUCUCCUGGACAGAAUCUGGCAUCCUGUUGGCCGUGAGUUUCGAUCGCUAUGUGGCCAUUUGCAACCCACUUCGUUAUGCUAUGGUGCUCACCAAAGCCUGCAUUGUGGGUAUGGGCCUGGGUACUCUCCUCCGCAGCUUUGUCUUCAUCCUGGUCUUCCCAUUGCUUCCGCACAGACUGCAGUUCUGUCACCCUCAGAACAUCCUUUCCCAUGCCUACUGCCUUCAUGUUGAUAUGAUUAAGCUGGCAUGUACUGAUGUCUCCCUCAAUAGCCACUAUGGGCUGUCCAUUGUGUUGUUCACCUUUGGCCUGGACUCUGCACUCAUCCUUAUAUCCUAUGUACUCAUCCUGAGAUCAGUGCUAGCCAUUGCCUCCCAUGAGGAGCGACUCAAGACACUCAACACAUGUGUUUCCCACAUCCUAGCUGUGCUCAUCUUCUAUGUGCCUAUGGUAAGUGUGUCCAUUGUGCAUCGUUUUGGUAAUGGCCUACCCCGUGCUGUUCAUAUGCUCAUGUCAAUCCUCUACCUCUUUGUGCCUCCCAUGCUCAAUCCUAUCAUCUAUUCCAUUAAGACCAAGGAGAUACGCCGCAGGCUUCUCAAGAUGCUCUUCAGGGUAAAGUUUUGA